AUGGUUCGUUCCGCCCUGGUCUUCAAUGGCGACUUCGCCCGCACUUACGAGUCGUCCUCGACUCGCGAGCAUCAUUCGCACGGCGGCUCCGUCAAAAACAAAAGCAAGCUUGUCAACGGGCGGUUUUCUGCAACUCUGACGACGGAUGCCGUUAGGAAGGAGGACACCGGGCAGAAAUCCGGGGAGCGAUCCAUGUUUGUGUUUGUGUAA